AUCAUUGCUGUCCCAGAAACUAAGUGAAGUGAGAUCCAACAUUCCACAUCCCGGCCCUCCCUUUAAAACCUCACUCUCCUCCACUUCUUUAUCACUUCCAACUCCAGUUCCAUCGUCUCUAUACACACAACGCUCACACAAAGAUAGAGCUAGAAAGAGGGGAGAUCGAAGGAAAGAUCAGAGGAAGAGGAAGAGAUGAUGGAGAGGACCGAGGACCUAGGGCUCAGCCUCAGUCUGAGCUCGUCUCUUGCUCCUCGCACUCGCCAUGUCGCCAUGCUGCUCCACCCUCCAGAGAUUCCUGGAGAUGCCACUGCUCCCCGCAAAGCGGAGCGAGGUCGCGGCCGAGGAGGGCCUGCGUGGUGGCAGCGACGAGGAGGACCGCGGCUGCAGCAUCGACGGCUCACGGAAGAAGCUUCGGCUGUCCAAGGACCAGUCGGCCGUGCUCGAGGACAGCUUCCGGGAGCACCCCACUCUCAACCCUAGGCAGAAGGCAGCGUUGGCGCAGCAGCUCUGCCUGCGGCCCCGGCAGGUCGAGGUGUGGUUCCAGAACAGGCGUGCUAGGACGAAGCUGAAGCAGACGGAGGUGGACUGCGAGUUCCUGAAGCGCUGCUGCGAUACGCUGACCGAGGAGAACCGGCGGCUACAGAGGGAGGUGCAGGAGCUACGCGCGCUCAAGCUCCUCUCGCCGCACCUCUACGCGCACACGUCCCUGCCCAUCACCCUCACCAUGUGCCCCUCCUGCGAGCGCGUCUCCCAAACCAACUCCACUGCCGCCUCCGACCGCCGCGCUGCCUCCAUCACUACGGCCGGCGACGGCACCGUCUGCCAUCGCCCAAUCGCCGUCCGGCCGCAGCAGUCAUGACGAUCGAUCGAGCUAGCUAUGUGUACGCCGUACGUGUCAAAGCUAGCCAACAGUCUGCGCAUUUAUUCGAGCAAACUGUUUCGUCCUUGUUAAUCUUCUCUCUGUGCUUGGCCGAUCGAGUACUGAUUAGUCGAGUCGUUAGCUAGCUAGAUGAUGAGCAGAGUUGCCGGCCGGCCCGGAACUGGGCGUGUAGGGAAUAUUUAGCUGGUCCUGGAGAAAGCAGCUAGAUAUGGCGGGAUACGGGUGUAGGGAUGGUGGGGUGCAAGGUGAUGGCACGAUGGUGCGUUCUGUCGACCUGCAUGGGCUGCUGCUGAUGACGGCGAUGAUGAGAUCGACUUGCACCGGUUGGUUUGUUGGACAGCCGUGCCUCUUAAUUCUAGCGUUAAUUAGCAUGGAUAGCCAUGUGCUUUCGGUCUAAUUAAUCCUGCAGGUUUGCUUAAUUAAUUCGGCACUCAGCUUAAUUUAGACAUG